GUUUUACACCUCAUCAUACUUCUACUGAUAAAAAACGAUAUUUACUGUAAACAUGGCUUCUCCUAGAGAUUUCGUAGCACUAUCACAAACAACUCCUAAUUGUUAUCGAAUGAAUCUGUCUGGUGGAAAAAUUGAAAUAAUGCCCGUACACCACGAAACUGGUCGAAAGGAACUGAUACUUGGUUCUCAAAUUCACGCUUGGUGUCACAAUAACCCAUUAGUUGGAGAGUACGGCGGUGCUACUACGGGUUGGACAUUACCAACAGAAGUAGUUGAAAUGAGAUGUGCCGAUGCAUCCGUUGUACUCAUGACUAGAUGGAACAAUCUAACAAACGAUGAAAAAGCUGAAGCUUAUCCUGCGGUAGCGCCAAAUUUCGUUAUCGAAUUACGCUCAGUAAACGAUACUGCAGAACGAGUUCACGAGAAAAUGCUUAUGUGGAUGAACGCAGGGGUAGAGGAGGGUUUUUCCCUCGAUCCAUUUGAUCAAAAGGCGAGGAUAUACAGAACUUUAAGUAGAAAUAGGGUCACUUGGACAGAAUAUCAGAAUCCUCCCAAUUUGCGUUCAAAUGUUCUCAAUGGUUUUGUAUUAAAUUUACAGGGAAUAAUUUAACCCAUUGCUAUAGUAGAAUAACUGUUUUGCAUAAAAGGAUUUAUUUGAACAACUUAAAAUUUGCUAUCUUGCAUUCCAAUUUUAAAUAGGUGAAAUCGUCAGAUAGUGAAAAUAUAUGUAUAUGCG